AUGUCCAGGCAGCUCUUGUACUAUCCGUUCACCCCCUUCUUCGUCCUCUUUGGAGAAAUUGUCACCAACCCAAGGUCUAAAGCGUGCAUGGAUGACCUACAAAGCUUGCGGCAGACAGUGUUGUACUACUUACAGUUUCAGAAGUACCACUCGUCCGCCGUCAAGCUGGAGAGAGUGGCUGAAACGUUCACUAAAAUCGCCGAGGCAUUCGUUCGGCAUACCUUUCGACAAAGCAAAACAGCGACAGUCAACGCCGUCCCGAAUACGCCUGUAGUUUCAGGCAGAACGACACUACAUCCCGAGGGCAAAAGAACCAGCAGGAUUAAUCCCUUACCUAGAUCAAGCAGAACAUCAGGUCAACUUGGGUCCGAGGCUGUCCAAGCUAGCACUCUCCAUUUCCAGCCGACAAUGCCGCCAGCUGCGUCCAACAACACUCUUCCUGAUCCCAUGGACUACCAGCUUCACUUGAAUGAAGGGGCGUCACUAGAUCCGAACUCUCUCUUCCAUCUCUUCUCCUACUCGACGACAGGCGACCAAGAAUCCAGUAUACAUGACACGAAUGACUGGCCAGGAAAUCCGCAGGAGUCUGCAAACCGUCUUCAAGUCGACAAUGAUAGAAGCGGGGAUCAUGUUGAGCAAUUUCCACCGGAUUUGGGAUCCGGGAAAUAUGUUUCAUUGAGGGAUGUUGAGACCAAUGCGCGCAAUCAGUUCUCAAAUUGUACGUUUGACUGGUUCGGCCUCGAAAACUGCGAGAUAUGA